AUGGAUCUCACCGACGACGAAAUUUACAAAACGGUUGUGAAUAUCUUGCAGCCACUCGUUUUAAGCAACGAGGAUUAUGCAAGCAUAAUGAACAGGAUGCUUGAUGCGAUGGUUCGUGGUCUUAAUUUAAAGACCAGGGAAUCAUCUUCCAUCAAAAUGUAUCCUUCAUUCGUAACAAGAUUCCCAACUGGUAAAGAAAAGGGACAAUUUUUGGCUUUGGAUCUCGGUGGCACUAAUUAUAGAGUUCUUCUUGUCACUCUUGCUGGUGGUGUUCAUCCUAAAAUUGACGAACGAACAUACGCUAUUCCAAAGGAGAAGAUGGUUGGAACUGGCCAGGAUCUUUUUGGCUAUAUUGCUUCGACUCUCCAAAAUUUCCUCAAACGUUAUAAUUUAGUGGAUACUCCCCUUCCACUUGGAUUUACCUUUUCAUUUCCCUGUGAACAACACGCCCUUGAUAAGUCAAUUCUUGUUCGUUGGACUAAAGGAUUCAACGUUCAUGAUGCCGUCAAUGCUGAUGUCUGCAAGCUUCUCCAAGAUGCUACUGAUGGUCUUAAAGUGAAGUGCGUUGCUGUUGUGAAUGACACCGUUGGAACUUUGGCCUCAUGUGCUUUGGAAGACCCCAGCUGUGCUAUUGGUCUAAUUGUUGGUACUGGUACUAAUGCUGCCUAUAUUGAAAAGAUCGAGACUUGCGAAUUCAUGAAAAAAUUGGAGAGCGAGAAACCCGUCUAUCGUCCCAAAGAAGAGGAUAGCGUUGUUAUCAACAUGGAAUGGGGAGCAUUUGGUGAGGAGGGUGAGCUUGAAACUUACCUCACCGAAUUCGACCUGGAACUGGACAACGCUAGUCUACAUCCUGGUAAACAAGUUUUUGAGAAGAUGAUAUCUGGAAUGUACCUCGGUGAGCUUGUCCGAAUCAUCCUUGUUCACCUAGUGAAACGUCAACUACUCUUUCGAGGAGAGAUGCCCGAAGUUCUAACCAAACCUUGUAGCUUCCUCACAAAAUUUGUUACAGAGACUGAGCGUGAUCCUUCUCACUUGUUCUACAGUACCCAUUCCGUCUUGACUGAGGAUUUGGAGAUCCCGAUUGUCGAUCACAUCGAUGACCGAGUUGUCCGAAUUGUUUGUGAAGCCGUUUCCAAACGAGCUGCUUAUCUUGCUGGGGCUGGUAUUGCUGCCUGUAUGCAUCGUUUGAAUCGUCGAAAGGUUACUAUUGGUAUUGAUGGCUCUCUCUAUAAGUUUCAUCCACGUUUCCGUGAACGCAUGACUGACAUCAUUGACAAACUAAAGCCUGAAGGUGUUCAAGUAAGUUUCAUUUAA